ACGAUGACGGACAGGGGCUAACUGCAGAGGAAUGCCAUUUGUAUAAUCUGGAGAAGCUGCAGGAACAAAAAACUUCAUGUACCGGGUACUUUUUUCUCAGGAUUUAAACCAGAACGCACAAGAAGUCUUUUUUUCCCGAUCUGAGGUUCAGACUUCUGGUCAGUAAAGCAGGCGACAAUGGGCGUUUAGAUCAGACGGGUGCUGUCGAUUUUGAUUUGAGGGACAAACACAGCUGACGAGGCAAUUACAGGUUCCGGUGAAGUGAAAACAGCCAGAGGUGGCUCAGACAUUGUGAUUUGGGCGUGUGAGCUAUGCGCUCCUGUGGUGGACAAGUGAGGCAGAGCAUCCACACAUCUUCACACAGUUUUAGACUCUGGAAGGUGCUGGCUGAUGACAGUGAGAAGGAAAAAUAGGGAAAGUGGGAAGUUUUGCGUUAAUGUAGAAGUUUUAGACCCAAAGAUCAAACGUUUUUUGUUUUGUUUUGGGUUUUUUUUGUUUUUUGGUAUGCGGAAGAAACACGUUUUUGGAUUCAACAAAUGCUGAAAGACUUUUUUUAUUGAGUCAUCAAAAAAUUUAAGGAGUCAAAUGAAGCAGUCUGAUCAAAACAAGGACCGGACCUGGGACUUUGACGUUUCCUGGGAUGCGGUCUUAAAACCAGCUGCCCGUCUUUGCCUCAACACCUUGGACUUCUCAGACCUCUGGGACGAUGAUGACAGUGUAGAGAACGAAGAGAUCCAGGCAUCGUCUUUAAUACCAAAAUGCCCAAAAAGGACCCCGGCGCCCCCUCCUCCUCCUCCUCCUCUUCCACCUCCACCGCCUCCUUUAGCAACACCUUCACCAGCUUCCCCGAACGGUGCGGCCAUUAAAAGUCGUACCCUGAAGCUCCACUGGAGGGAACUGCAGAACCUGACCCCUCUUCCUCGGAUGACGCGCUUUGGGACGCAGACUAUCUGGGCAGGACUUGAACCAGUGCAUCUGGAUACAAACCGUUUGGAGUUCUUGUUUGAAUCGAAGACCAGUAACACCAGUUUUAGUGUGGCUACUGGUCGGCAGAAGCAGACGUGUAUCUCAGUGCUGGGAAUGAAGAGGAGUAACAUCAUAACCAUCGCCCUGAGCAGCCUGCCCCCUCCCCGCCUCCUUCCCCCGGCUAUUUACAGCAUGGACAGCAGCGUGCUGGACAGAGAGGAUGUUCAGCGGCUUCAAGCUCUGAUUCCAACAGAAGAAGAACUGAGUCUGAUCAAGGAGGCCAAAGUCCAGAACCCCCACGCUUCUCUGGCCCAGGCUGAGCUGUGUCUCCUCACUCUGGGAGAGAUCCCUUACCUGAGCACCAGGAUCCAACUGUGGGUCUUUGCUCUGGACUAUGACUCCUUAGAGAGAGAAAUUGCUGAGCCUCUUUUCCACCUGAAGUUGGCCAUGGAGCAACUGGCAUCCAGCCAGACCUUCAGGUGUAUUCUAGCCACGGUGCUAGCCAUYGGUAACUUCCUCAAUGGCUGUAAGGCCCGUGGCUUUGAGUUGAGUUACCUGGGGAAGCUGUCGCAGGUGAGGGACACGCACACCCGCCAGCCUCUGCUGCACCACGUCUGCGUUCUGCUGCUGGAGCUCUACCCACAAUCCUCUGACCUCUACUCUGACAUCUCUGCGGUGACUAAAGCUGGCAAGUGUGAUUACUCUCUGGUCCAGUCCAGUUUCACUCAGCUAGAAGCCAUGUGCAAAGCAUCGUGGGAGCAGCUGAAGGUGUUGGAGAGGUGCGAUGAAAAGAAGAAAGGAGAAAAGAAGAAAGGAAAAGACAAUAGUGAUGAGUCCUUUUCUCCAAAGGGUUCACUCCGUCACAGGCUACCAAAGCUUCUGAAAGAGUGUGAGGAGAGGCUGAAGGUCCUGAGAGCGGUCCAUCGUCGAGUCAUCAACAGGUUCCACUCUUUCCUCUUAUUCCUGGGUUACUCCCGAGCCAUGGUGAAGGACACCAAAGCGGAGGACUUCUGCAGAACCAUCAGUAACUUCUCAUUGGAGUACAGGUCCACCCGACAGGCCAUCCUCCUUCAGAGAGAGCGAGAGAAGCAAAAGAGUGGAGUCGAAAGCCCCAGACCCAACACUCCUGCUGGCUUGACGAAACGUCUGCAAACUCUAUCACAGGAAUGUGAGGAGCAGUGUAAAUUAGAGGAAGUGCUGAGAACGCCAGAGUCUGUAUCAAGACUGGAUCUCACUUUGCCUCGAACCCGCAGGAAAAUGGCAGACAUCAAAGGAUCAUUUUCUCGAACACUGAAGUGGUGACCCUGCUGAUUUCCCCCAGUCAUUGUUGACCUCAUUGUUACAUUGUUUUAACACGUUAUCAGCUCUGUUUGGUGUAACACUAAGAACCAGUGAUACUUAUUACUUUGAUGUUUGCCAUAAAUACACAUUUUUAAAGAUG